ACCACAACCACCACGAAUUCUAUAUGAUAUUAUGCACCACUAACCAGGAUACAUGGACAACUGACCCAUUAGCACAGGUAGCCCAAUGUGCCAGAGAUGUGAAUGACGAGGGUCCUGAUGAGGGCACUUCCGAUGCCCUCAAAACCUGUGCCGGCGUAGAUAACACUGAAGGAAACGGGUAUUUAAAUGAGGUGCUGGCAGCUACUGAUAUACUUUAUCCAGAAAUUGAUGAAGCAAGCGAUCCAUUGGUGUUAAUCAAUGGUAAACGUAGUGCUAAUGCUUUGACUGAUUUGAAAAGCGCUGUUUGCAAUGCAUUCACUGAUGAAUCUAGACCGACACCCUGUACCAAUACACCCGUACCACCGGAUGACAACCUAUUGGCUAGGGUUCAGGUGUUUUACUCGCCUUAUAGUCAAAAAGCGAUUGAUUUUAUCAAAAUAAAUAAGCAAGAUAAUCCAAAAGGACUUUACGAACUAAUGUUACCCGAAAUUGAAGGUGAAGUGAAAAAUAGGAUCGAGGUCGACUACAUACCAUGGGGUAGGGCUACUAGGGAUAAGGAUGACACUGGUAANCUACAUACCAUGGGACUGCACGCGUGUAUAGCUCGUAACCACGUGUCCCUAUACCAUAACCACCACGAGUUUUAUAUGAUACUAUGCGUAACUGAGCAAGAUGAUUGGACUACCGACCCAUUGGCCAAACUGAGUGUAUGCGCCCAACAGGUCAAUGACGAGGGUCCAGAUGAGGGAACUUCAGACGCCCUCAAAGCCUGUGCCGCCGUAGAUAACACUGAAGGGAACGGCUAUUUGAAUGAAGUGUUGGCCGCAACCGAUGAGCUCUACCCCCUUAUUAGCACCGGUAAUACUGAUCCAUUGGUAUUGAUUAACGGCAUUCGUAAUGACAAAGCGUUAGUUGAAUUAAAAUAUGAAGUCUGCAAAGCGAUACCGAAAGACCAGAGACCAACACUGUGUGCUGAUGUACCAGAGGAUCCAGAUGUCCCUGAUGACACAAUUGUACCAGCUAAUACAGUCAGAGUGCAAGUGUAUUACUCACCGUAUAGUCCGAAGUCUAUUGAUUUGAUUAAAUUGAAUGCCGAGGGAAAUGAUAAAGGAUUAUAUGAGUUGAUGUUACCUGAGAUCGAGGGGGAGACCAAGUAUAACGUGGAAGUGGAUUAUAUACCAUGGGGUAGGGCUACCAGGGAUACGGAUACUGGCACUGGACAGUUUACGUACACGUGCGCUGAAGGGGAUGACACUUGUAUAGCUACUAGACUUCAUGCAUGUAUCGCUCGUAACCACGUGUCCCUAUACCACAACCACCACGAGUUUUAUAUGAUACUGUGCACCACUAACCAGGAUACAUGGACAACUGACCCAUUAGCACAGGUAGCCCAAUGUGCCAGAGAUGUGAAUGAUGAGGCUCCUGAUGAGGGCACGUCCGACGCCCUUAAAGCCUGUGCCGCCGUAGAUAACGCUGAGGGGAACGGCUACCUGAAUGAAGUAUUGGCGGCCACCGAUAUACUUUACCCCGAAAUUGAUGAAGUACAACAACCGGAUCGACACAGGGAUCUACAUCAGCGCCUACAUCAGUGCCUACAUCAGUGCCUACAUCAGUACCUACAUCAGUACCUACAUCAGUGCCUACAUCAGUACCUACAUCAGUGCCUACAUCAGUACCUACAUCAGUGCCUACAUCAGUACCUACAUCAGUGUCUACAUCAGUACCUACAUCAGUGCCAACCACCGAUGGUGCUGAUGCUAGUAGCCCAAUGUGCUCAAGAUGUGAAUGACCAGGGCCCUGAUGAGGGCACGUCCGAUACCUUUAAAGCCUGUGCCGCCGUAGAUAACACUGAGGGGAACGGCUGCCGUAGUGAGGUGCUCGCGGCUACUGAUAUACUUUAUCCCCAAAUUGAUGAA